UUCGCAAGGCGGGCGGGCAAAAGCCGAACAGAGAGAGGGAGCGCGGUCUUUAGGCAAAGUCGCAGUGCAAGAGAAGUUCAGAAGUAAGACCUUUGUGGGAUAAAAAAUGAGAAUAGUGGCGUCAAUGUCGGCGGCGAAGCUCUUCUCCAUUGCUUCCUUUGCCGCAACCUCUCGUUUGGGGACGAGGACCCCACAAAAAAUCCCAUUUUCGGGCAUUAGUACCUCCGUCAAGAGGAAGAAGAAGCUCGAAGAUUUGAAGGCUACGGCGAAGUCUAAAGAAGCACUUGUCAAGGAGAAGAGGAGGACGCGUUCGGACCGAGAGUUUGAAUUGGACGCCGUUCAGCGCUUUGGAGACAUCGCUAACCAUAUCCCAGUUAUGCUCGGAGAAGUGGUUGACGUUUUCUCUGCUUCCAAAUCGCUUCGCUCAUUCGUGGAUUGCACUGUUGGAGCUGCUGGCCACUCCUCUGCUAUAAUUCAAGGCCAUCCUGAAAUAAGAUAUUAUGUUGGAAUGGAUAUUGAUCCCCUGGCGCGUGAGAAGGCUGUAGCUCGAAUCAAUGCCCUCUUGCAAAGUGAUUCUGGCAGCCCAACUGAGCUGAAAACAUUUACAUUUUUGAAGAAUUUUAGAUACAUCAAAUCGGUGCUUAGUGAGGUUGGUGAGAAUCUCUUGGACUCUGGUGUUGAUGGCAUAUUAAUGGAUUUGGGAAUGUCAUCUAUGCAGGUUAACAAUCCCGAACGAGGGUUCAGCGUUCUUGGCGAUGGACCUCUUGACAUGCGGAUGGAUCCUCAGGCAAGUUUGAAAGCAGAAGACAUUUUAAAUUCCUGGCCAGAUGCUGAAGUAGGGAGAAUCUUACGGGAUUAUGGGGAAGAAAGUAAUUGGUACUCUCUUCAAAAUAAAAUUGUGAAAGCUCGAUCACAUGGUGGAUUGCAUUCUACUAGUGAACUCGUAGGUCUUAUUCGAAAUUCAACUUCUGGGAGUAGAGGAGGGAGGCAAGGUUGGAUUAAGACAGCAACAAGGGUGUUCCAAGCUUUAAGAAUAGCUGUAAACGACGAACUCAAAACACUGGAGGAUUCCCUCUAUGCUUGUUUUGAUUGCCUUGCGCCAGGGGGGAGAAUUGCUGUCAUAUCUUUCCACAGUUUGGAGGACAGAAUCGUGAAACAGACAUUUCUUGACAUCAUUGGCAUUGAUAACGGAUACGGAGACACGGACAAGGAAGGUGGAAACACCAGAAUUGAGAUUUAUGAGAAAGAAGCGUGGAUCAAACAAAUGAUACAUGGUUCUAAAGGAACAAUUCUUACGAAGAGACCAAUAACACCUUCUGAAGAGGAGGAAAAACUAAACCGCCGGAGUAGGAGUGCUAAGCUAAGGAUUAUUCAGAAAACUUGAACAUCUCAGAUGAUGCAGCCUCUCAACAAUUAUCUUCCAGAUAUAACGGUUGGGGCUUGCUAGUCACUAGUCUAUUCAGCGGAAAAUAUACACAUUUGGUCUCUUGCAAGCUUUGUAUAAGGAAAACUGAAAACAAGAGCAUGCCUCUGAUCUUUACAGUUCGUAUUUGUUGAUCCCCCAAAUUUUUCAUGUUAGAUCUCCGAGAAGCCAAGUAUUCAAGUAUUGAUCGGGCCAAAGAGUGGAAAACUGGCUAUGACUGCCUACUACGGUGUUUAAGAGGCUUCUUCAUGAAUAGAAUUCACUAGUCAGAGAGUACUCAUUUAGAUUUAGCACUCCGUCAAACAACUAAUCAUUUAUAAUGAAUCAUAAACACUGUCGUUUUAUACCAUGUUUCAUCGAGUCAAAACUGACGCAUGUGAUUGAAUUCAAGCUUUUGUUAAAAACAAUUACAGCGAAUGCUAAUAUUCAUAAACUCUACAGAAGCAUCAUCCUUUAUUAAAUUGUCACCUUGCGAA